CCACAAUGCCGACCUCAAAAUCCAGCUCAAAGCCUGCAAGUCAAGCAAAGCUGUCGAAAUCCUCGCUGGGCGCUCCGGCGCAGCACAACCAGUCGACCAGAAAAGGCAAGCGGGCAUGGCGGAAGAACAUCAACAUCGAGGAUGUGGAGGAGGGAUUGGAGGGUAUGAGGGCUGAGGAACGGGUUAUUGGGAAACCGCUGCAGAAAACGAAGGAUGAAGAUCUUUUUGUGGUAGAUGUUCAGGGCGACGAACAAGUCCGCAAAUCCCUCGCAUCACGAUUUUCUUCAAGAACACCGUUAACAUCGACCAAGAUCCUAUCUGAACGCUCCGCCGUUCCCGCUGUUUUUUCUCGGCCCUCCAAUGCCACGUCAAAAAGGAAAGCAGGGCAACUCAGUUAUGAAGAAAAAGCCCGGCUUUUGAAGAUCGCGAAGAGGCCUCGCAGAGGACCUUUCAACUCGAUCCUAGACCCGUCGGAGUAUGAAGCUGGGAGCGGGAUGGUGGGACUGAGCGAGGCUGUGAAGAGCAGCGGGACGCAUGAUGCUUGGGCGCCCGAGGUGGCAAUGGACGUGCUCCCGGAUGGGAUGGAGACGGUUCAGAAGAAGGUCAUCAAGCCACCCACAGUAAAAUAUACCCGGGACAUCAUCCAGGUCCCCGCAAUCGUAGAGCCGCACCAGGGGACGUCGUAUAACCCGCCCGUGGAGGCGCACCAUGAGCUCAUACUCAAGGCAUAUGAAGCCGAGGAGAAGAGGCUUCGGGACGCGGAAAAGCUCGCGGAGGUGAAGAAGAAGAUGGAAGAUUCGUAUAUGGUUGAACCUCUCGAGGAAGGGUUGGCUGCUGGGAUGAAGUUGGCUGAGAAGGUUCUUGUUGAGGAUGAUGAGGCGGAAGAAGAGAAGGAGGAGAGGGUGGUGAAAAGCGUUCCUGAUCGGAAGACAGCGUCGCAGAAGAAUAAAGCGAAGAGAUUACUUGCUGAGAAACGCGCUCUGGCGGAACGAGCCGAGCACAAACGGAUGAUAGCAUCCAUAAGCAACGCAAAGAUCAUGCGUCGGAGCACAGCGCGGCUCCUGUCCGAACAAGAGAAGAAGCACCUAGAGCGCCGGUUAGCUCUAGAGGAAAAAGUGAGGAAGCAGGGAUUGGUGGGGCAGAAGUUGGGGAAACAUAAAGUUCCUCAGGGCGAGGUGGAGGUGCAGCUCGGAGAGGACUUGUCAGAGAGCUUGAGGGGGUUGAAGCCCGAAGGAAAUCUGUUCAAGGAUCGAUUUCUCAGUUUGCAACAGCGGGCGUUGAUUGAGCCCCGUGUGCGUGUGUUGCCCAAGAAACGGAGGCUGAGGAUCGUAGAGUACGAAAAACACGCUUGGAAGCGGUUCCAGUAGAUAACUUUGUGAAUGAUAUGUUGCUCCGAGGUG